AUGGGGUUCGAGAAAAGGACUGUGAAAAUUAUAGUGAUCGUGGUAGUGCUUUUAUUGGUGAUUGGUGCAUUGAUUGGCUUACUGGUCGGUCUACUGCUGCCAUAUCGAUAUGUUGAGCUGGAAGUGUGGCCUCGCUCGGACGAAUACAACUACAAGGAACCUCUAAUAGAAUUUCGCAUCAACGAUCCCGGCAGCUGGCAGCCCUGGUACAACCGCAUCACAGACUUUCUGCGAGAUUACGAGACCACCGUGCCCGAAGAUCCGCCAAGAGCUCCAUGUUCGGUACUUCAGCGCGAGAAUCGCAUUCCAAAUCCCAACUGUGAACGAGCGUUAGGUAUUUGGUCACCUUGCACUGCUGACAAUUACUAUGGAUACCGCGAUGGCCAGCCUUGCGUGUUUUUGAGGCUGUCUCACAUCCACUACUGGGUACCUGAGCCUUACAACGCGACGAUGUCUAUGGCGUUACCCCCUGAAAUGCCGAAUCACAUUAAGCAAAUAAUACACCAGCGGCCCGCGCACAUCUACGGCGACUUCGUGUGGGUGUCGUGCGGCGGCGAGUUCAGCUCGGACCAGGAGAACAUCGGGCCGCUGCAGUACAUCCCGGCGGGGCUGCCGCCCGGCUUCCCGACCAGUCGCCUGCACACGGCCGACCGCAUCCCGCGCGCCGCGCAGCGUCUGCCCGACCGCCUGCCCGGCCCGUUGAUCGCCGUCUUCUUCGAGAACCCGCGCCGUGGCGUAUUGAUUAACGUGGAGUGUCGCAUCUGGACACGUGACAUCCUCUACGAUCGCUCCAGUCACGUGGGUCGCGCACGCUUUGAGAUUUAUGUUGAAUAA